CCUCAACAAGAGACACACUCGAUUCUGCUGCGACAUGAGCUUGCCAUGGAGGGGUUGGCGCUGCUGGAAGAGCAGUUUCGGCAUCCCGGGCAUGAGGAGAGCCGGUGCCCUGCUCGCACCAUACCGUGGGAUCAGAGCCUUGCUGAGCUGACGCACGCCACCAGGUCCGGCAUCCCGGCGGAGGUGAAGGCGGCCUGGGCCAAGGCGAAGCUGCGGGCGGACUGCGGGAUCUUGGGGCAGCGCCACGCCUGGGCGGCGCUGGACCAUACCCUGUAUCUCUGGGACUACCACGAGCCCAGCGGGGUGCAUACCGUACCAUCGGACAGCGCCAUCAUCUCGGUGGCCUUGUGCCCGGCCAAGUCCAGCCUCGCCCAGCUGAGCUACCUGCUGGUCAUCGCCACCCGGCUCUCAGUGAGCCUUUUGGGCCUUCGCCUGAGCGCCUCCCUGCAGGUCGUGCCCCUCCCUGGCUUCCGGGCCUCUGCCGAGGGCGCGCUCUUCCACUGCAUCACUUGCACGCCGAGCGGCCGCGUGCUUCUGCUCUCCGGGGCGCCCCACGUCUACGAGCUGCUCUUCGGGGACCAAAGCGGCUGGUUGCGGUCCAAGUGCCGGCUGAUCCGCCACUCUCUGGGAGGCCCGCAGAGGGGGCUGUCUGCCGACCUGCACGGCGAGCCUUGCUACAUCUUGGACACCUUCAUGCUCAAAGGGGCUGUCAUGGCAGACAUUGGCCUGGUUCGCGCCCAGCGGGAUGGCAGCAGGUUCACUUUAGGCAAGCUGCAGACUGUGUCAGCAGAUGCUCUUAGCAAUGUCCGCUUUUACUUCCACAUCGUGCAAGCAAACGCGCAGCGUUUGUUGCUGGAGGUGGCCGGCACAGGCCAAGACACGCGCCCCUUGGAGGUGGCAGCGGCUUGCUUGCAGGGCCAGGCCGACGCGACCUCGCCUUUUGCUGCCGCGCCGAGGCAGGCGCAAGCGGUGCGACACAUCCGGCCACAAGCGGCAUCCGCUCAUGCUGAAGAAUGGGGACAUCGCGUGGCAGUGUGGGGCAACAAGAGGUCUCAGGAGCCGCUUUGGGUUUGGGACUUGCCUUAUCCUAUGGCGCUAGAUCGUCGGCCCUGGCGGUGUCAGACCUGCGCAAGAGAGGGCGCGGCUCGGGGUGUUCGUCAGUACUUCCCGGUCACUGCUGCAGAUGUUCGACUGGCCGUCCCGGGCGCCAUGCGACACAAGGCCAAAAAGCAGAAGGAACACUGGCUGACAUCCCGCUUUCUCUUGGAGGCGUGCCUGAUCUUCUACGAGAACAUCAAUGCAGUGCGCAGCAUCCUUCGCAAGGCGCUGUCCGCCCCCGUGGCUGCAAUGGUGGAGACACUGCAGAAGCUGGCCUGCCUCUACAGCGCACGGCAGAGGCCUUACAACGCCAUUUUGGCGUUCACAGGAGUGGACGGGGCUUUGCUGGCAGUGCCGGAAGCAACCGAUGGCGAGGGCUGGCGAACCCUGGAGCCCAUUUUGGAAGCGUUGCUUUGGAAGAUCAAAGCCACGCGCUUGGAAGCAGGGUUAUCCUUGCUCCAAAGCUGCCCCACGUUCCACUGCACUGACAAUUUUCGGGCGCAGCGCCUCAAACUAGAGGCCUUGUACAAGAGGCUGUGGCGGGACUGCGCUGUCGGCAGCCAGGGCAACACGAAGAAGGGCCCUGCGAAGAGGCGCCGUGUACAAGACCCUGGUGCUCUUACAGUGGUUGCAGGAGAUCCAGUUCAUGACCUUCUGGCCCUCCGGAGAAGGGUCUCUACCAUGGCAUGCGACAGCACCGAUCUGACGUUUGAUCAUGCUGAUCUGCUGAGCCGGCUGAGUGCUCCGGAGCAGCGGCCGCUCGCAGCAGUCUAA